CUGGACAAGGGGGACGUGACCGCGCUCAGCCUGCCCUCCACCGCCGGGCACGGUGACACCGAUGGCACCGUCUGCCUGGACGUCCCCGAUGGCACCCCUGACCCUCACAGGACGAAAGUCGCCAUCGAGCACCUGCACCAGAAGAUCCUCAAGAUCACCGAGCAGAUCAAGAUCGAGCAGGAGGCUCGGGAUGACAACGUGGCCGAGUACCUGAAGCUGGCCAACAACGCGGACAAGCAGCAAGCCUCCCGCAUCAAGCAGGUUUUCGAGAAGAAGAACCAGAAGUCGGCACAGACCAUCGCGCAGCUGCACAAGAAGCUGGAGCACUACCACAAGAAGCUGAAGGAGAUCGAGCAGAACGGCCCUUCCCGACAGCCCAAGGAUGUCUUCCGGGACAUGCAUCAGGGUCUCAAGGACGUGGGUGCCAACGUUCGCUCCAGCAUCAGCGGCUUUGGUGGCGGCGUGGUGGAGGGUGUCAAGGGAGGGCUCUCGGGUCUGUCCCAGGCCACCCACACUGCCGUGGUCUCCAAGCCCCGGGAGUUUGCCAGCCUUAUCCGGAACAAGUUUGGCAGCGCGGACAACAUCGCCCAUCUGAAGGACACGUUGGAUGAUGGGCACCCGGAGGAGGCUUCGCGGGCUCUCAGCGGCAGUGCCACCCUGUCCAACCCGCUGGACAGCCACCACAAUAACUUUGACACCAUCCUGGAGGAGCUCCGGGAGAUCAAAGACAGCCAGUCGCACCUGGAGGACUCCAUGGAGGACCUCAAGGCCCAGCUGCAGCGGGAUUACACCUACAUGACGCAAUGCUUGCAAGAGGAGCGGUACAGGUACGAGCGCCUGGAGGAGCAGCUGAACGAUCUCACCGAGCUGCACCAGAACGAAAUGACCAACCUGAAGCAGGAGCUGGCCAGCAUGGAAGAGAAGGUGGCCUACCAGUCCUACGAGAGGGCACGGGACAUCCAGGAGGCCGUGGAGUCCUGCCUGACGCGGGUGACCAAGCUGGAGCUGCAGCAGCAGCAGCAGCAAGUGGUGCAGCUGGAAGGGGUGGAGAACGCCAACGCCCGGGCACUGCUGGGCAAGUUCAUCAACGUCAUCCUGGCCCUGAUGGCCGUGCUGCUCGUCUUCGUCUCCACCAUCGCCAACUUCAUCACCCCACUCAUGAAGACCCGCAUGCGCAUCCUCAGCACCGCCCUGCUCGUCCUCUUCCUCUUCUUCCUCUGGAAACACUGGGACUCCAUCACCUACUUUCUGGAGCACGUCCUGCUCCCCAGCUGAUCCGCAGCCCGGCCGCUGCGGCCCCGGGGGCUUUCCAUUUCCUGCAGAGGAGAGGGCCGGGGGGACGGUGGUCCAAAGCCUUCGGGUUGUUUCUUCACACGCUCGGUUCAGUUGCUUUCC